CAUUUAUUACAAAGCAUGCGAUGCGCAUAAAACACAAUUUGCAGCAAACCAAACGCAAUUGUUUAUGACAAAAUAUUGAUAAAUAGAAAAAACAAAGCAAAUAUAAAACUACUCUCAAGAAGAGCAAAGUGCCAGUGAGUGUGCGUGUGCGUGAGUGUUUGAUCGAGUCGUGUGAUGAGUUUGCCGUCGGGUGUGGACAUGCAGAAUCUUAUGUCCCAGCAUCCAGUGCUGGGCGCUUUGCCGCCCGCAUUCUUUCUACGCGCCGCCUCCGAGCGCUAUCAACGCACUCCCAAAUGCGCACGUUGUCGCAAUCAUGGCGUGGUCAGCGCCUUGAAGGGUCACAAACGCUAUUGCCGCUGGCGAGAUUGUGUUUGCGCCAAGUGCACGCUGAUUGCGGAGCGUCAACGUGUGAUGGCUGCACAGUUUUCCGCUUCCAUUGGCUUUCAGGUUGCGCUGCGGCGUCAACAGGCGCAGGAGGAGAACGAGGCACGUGAGCUGGGAUUGCUUUACACCUCGGUGCCCGGGUCGGGUCAACAGAAUGGCAGCGAUAGCGUUACGCCCACCUCACAUAGUCCACAGCCACAACAUGGUGCCGGCGGCGGUGGCGGCGGCGGAGGUGCUGCGGCUGCCACACAGAAUGGCGUCUUUCACGGUGGCAUCCCGUCGCCACCCAGCGAUGGUUACGAGGCAAGUUCUACGCCCAGUCAUCAUCAGCAACAUCAGCAACAGCAGCAACAUCAACAGCAUCAAGCACAGCAACAUCGUCAGUCGUCGACGUCGUCGCAGCAUUACAAUGGCAAUGAAUCCGACACGGAUGGACGCACACGAUCCGAGCAUCUGAGCGUGGGCUUCUCGCCGACGCGCACCGAGCUGGACGAGAGUCCUGUUUCGAAGCGUGGCGCCGCCUUGUCAAAUGAAACCGAUCAGGACACAGGCUCCGAGUCCGGUUCACCGAGCAGUCCACGGCCCAAGGUAGCCGGACUGUUUAAUCUGACUUCCAGUCUGUCGCCCGCACGCACCGGACCUCCUAGCUCACCCGAAUCUGAUCUGGACGUGGACUCGGCGCCCGACGAGGCGACCCCAGAGAAUCUCAGCCUAAAAAAGGAGGACAGCAACUCGCCGCCAAACACACCCGCCGAGAAUUUGCAUUUGUUGCGCUCCUUUGGCAACGGACACGCUCAGGGCUUUAUGCCCUAUCAUCACACGCAGUUCCUGGCGGCCGCUGGUCUCCCGGCUCAUCAUCCGGCAGCGCAGUCGCAGUUGCAGCAACAGCAUUUGGCCCAGCAGCAUCCGCAGCAUCAACAGCAGCAACAUCAGCAGCAGCAACAGCAACGUUCUCCCAUCGAUGUGCUGAUGCGUGUGUUUCCCAAUCGUCGGCGCAGCGAUGUGGAGCAGCUGAUGCAACGUUUUCGCGGCGAUGUCCUUCAGGCCAUGGAAUGCAUGCUCGCUGGCGAGGAUCUGACGCAAACGCCGCCACCUCCGCAGGUCCCUCCAUCGCCGCCGUUUCCCAUGAAGUCCGCCUUCUCGCCGCUGGUGCCGCCCGCUGUAUUUGGUUCGCCCACGCAUCCGCAUCGCUAUCAUCCGUUCAUGCAGGCGCAUGCCAAGCGCUUCCUUUCCGCUCCCUACGCGGGCACGGGCUAUUUGCCCGGCGUGCUCAGCACGGCGGAUAUCGAGCAAUCGGAAUCGAAUGGUGCCGGCGGCAUUGCCAUGGAUCGCAGCAGCAACGCGGGUGACUCUCAGGAUUGAGGCUCUGCUGUCGAUGUCGUCUUCCGGCCCUUUGAGCUGUAGCUCCUUUGCCAUAUGGAUUAGGUUUAUAGUGUACACACACACACACACACACACACAUUCAUUUUUAGGGAAAUCGAAAUCGAAACCGAAUCGUAGCCUAGCAAUUGGUUUUCUUUAGUUCGUAAGCAUUGUAACACUUGGCUAUACUCGUAUCCUAGAUUCUACUUCCUUCCUUACCUCCCCCCUCUAUGUAAGUGUAUUCCCUCGCCCCCACAAAUCUAAAGUGUAAACUCAGAAGUAUUGUACCAUACGUUAAGAGCAACUCUAAGAUACGAUUAGAUCAAAUUAACAUUAUUAUUGAGAUUAUUGUGUAAAGUACCACAUACUAAAUAUACUAUACUAUAUAUAUAUAUAUAACUAUUGAGAUACCUAUGUAUAUGUACCAUAUACCGCACACACACAAAUGCAUACAAAAUACAUAUAUAUGUAUACAUAUAUCGUACUAUGUAUUUAGAUAAUACAUUUCAAACACUGUGUUAAAGUAUUUAAUAAAUUCAACAAACAAAUUCAAUAAAUCGAAU